GCACGGUGUGUUUUGUGUUUGUGUUGGCACCCAGACCUAGCGCAAGCAUGCAUCAACCGCCCGCAUGCUCGGGACGGUUACGGUCGUGUACCUCGACCGACGACCAGCUCAUCUGCAUGAGGCACGAGCAGGUAACCAACCAGAUCUUACAAUCUGGCUCAGCUCGCCAUUUGCUAAGAGCCCGGGGAGCGGGAGGAACAAGAGGAAAGAGGUUUGAACUCGUACCACACAAAGCGACGAUGUUACCAUGGCUGGGAUUCAGCUUUUGCUUCACCGUGGAUGUGGCUGCGGACACGGCGGUGAACCCGGUGAUUUGCAUUUGGUUCAUGUUUGAAGACACGCCCUUUCAGUCGAAGACCGCUGGAAAGCCAUAUGGCCAUAUGGUCCAGGAGGGUACAGCAUUUCGGAAGCCCACCUUUGCUUCUGAUAAGCCCUCAGCAUAUCCAGGGGUGCGCGGCAUACAGUACCAUACUUGAAACGACCAUGACCACCCAUCGUACUGCCAAGAAUCUAGGGUGCCUUUUUCCCGGGACACACGCCCCUCGCAAAGAGGUCGUCGGGGUUCGUCUUCAUGAGAAAAACAAUAAUAAUCGGUAACAAUGAACAGUUGAAAUACCGUGUCAAACCCCAUGGAUGGAUAGAGUGACACAAAAUUCCAUCAAGGAACAAAGCGAUGUGGCUGGGUAUAUGGCUCAAGAUCCAUUACUUAGCUUCUGCCGCGCAUCCUCACUGUCGCCAGCUUCAGGGCUUCAAGUUCUUUUUGGGUGUGAUGGUUCGCAAAAACAUUUUUCAGGUCGCGAAGGCCAACGCUCCAGCCAAUAAUGGACUUGAUAUUUCAUUUUUGUCCAGCCAAACAAGUGCGCUACUCUGGGAACUGAGGGGAAAUGCACACAUGAUUCGCUAGAUAAUAAGAUUUUGGAAAAUCAUCCAUGGCAGCUGGUUCCUUGGACAGGCUAGGCUGUGUGGACUGAUAGCUAGGCUGCGCUUCGCGUGUGCACCGGAGAUGGCUUGAUUAUUGGGUCGACAUGGAGUCGCAAUAUCAACUCCAGGAGUCCAGCUACAACCAUCAUCGAUGCCAAAAAAGAAGCGCGCUCUGAACAGAGACCAGACCAACCGGAGCGACCAUGUAAAAUUGUCCAAUUGUUGAGAAAGUGGGGGAAAGCCGUCGUCCCGUCGAUCAGGAUCCAGAUCGCAACGCAUGUGCGCCGCCGCGCGGAGAACGUUUACCGAGAUUGGCGUCGCAUCACCCUCACCUUUCCAGUUUAUCGUUUUUUUUUCCCUUUUUUCUAUUUAUUUUUAUUGACCGUUUAUGCAGGGUAAUUGAGCCGACUCCAUCAACCAAAAUCGGAGGGCGAGGGGCGAGGGGAAGGGACGCGCAAGGCUGUAUCUAGUUCACAGGGAACCUUGAGUAACUACCAAUUAAUGCCAGCCCUCAGCCUCCGAUGAGCCGAAGAUGCGCUUGUUUCUUUCCCGAUCAAAACACAUCGUUUCUCCUCCACUUUCGUCAUAAAAUUUGAACCUAAAUUGGUUUUGACGGCUGGGUUUCAAUAUUAGGAAAUAGAGAGAAAUUAAUCUAGGGGUCAGCUACUGUACAUCCAUACCUCAAGAUAAAACUAAAAAAGCGGUUCAAAGCUGGGAAACAUGCGCCGCAGAUCAUCUAUAUCACUAUUUUUAGUCUUGACGCUUGAGCAAAAUGCCAUUUGAGGUUUCAAUGGAAAAGGAUAUAGACGGCCGAGCUCAUAUCCAAUAUUGGUCGGUCUCAGCGAGCGAGCGAACGAGCACCCUUUAUCCCCUCUUCCCGCGUGAUAGACACUAUCAUUGAAACUGCGUAUACGGAGUAGUCUAGCAGACACCUUCAACUCCUCGAAAAAUGUUCUGGUCUUUCCACGGAGAUCCGCUGGAGUAUCACAGAUAACAGCUGAGCCAUAUACACCUUGAUAUGUAAAUGAGCUAAAUUCCAACUAUGCAUUCCCACUCCCAUAAACCUCCCUCUCAGGCCAGAAAUGCCCUUUUGAACCAAUCGGGAUUGGUCUGGCUUCGAGAAUGCCGACUGAUUAGGUUCAUGUCGUGCCCUCGACUUUGAGCCAACGACACAUGCUAUCUAAAGAGCUGAGCUUAUGGAUGUUUGGCCGUGUGAUACCUAGCCAAAGAGUCAGGAUUAUUCGGGGGUUCCCCGCCCCCCUACCACCGCAGCAACUAUUCCUGAAAGUUGAAAAUCCACCAUCUGCGGGGCUGAAAAAAACUUGGUAUCUACGCAAUUUAUGCACCACUAAGCUACAUCGCAGCCCCCAUCCAUCCUCAUGCAUGGUACAUACUUACUCUCUCUGAAGUGUGGGUUGUUGGGGAUAUGAUAAGAUGAGAUGAUCGCGGAGAGGCCUAGCGGCCGGCCCAGAUGCUCUUUCAUAGAUGAACGGAUAUCAUUAUCAUUCCAUCUUGCAUGGCUUUGCUUUGAUCGGAGCUAGCCUUCUGCUCAGCAGGCGCCCUAGCAUGCAGUUUUAUCUCUCACACGUAAUACCCAGCUCAGAGAAGAGGUUGUAGAAAAGUCCAUGGCCGGGUCUAUCGGUCUAUCUGGCUAGUUGACCUAGUGCACUCGUUCUCCUACAGCGUGACUAGGAAUGUAUUAUCCUGUCAGUAACCAUGUAUGUACUGACUGUACUGUACAUGGUGAUUGGAAACAGGUAUCGCGGUAUAGAUAGACGGGGCACUGUUUCAGGGUGACAAAAGAGGGUGGGUGCCCUUGUUUAUCAUAUCCAGGCUGAAACGCUGCGGGAAUGGAACGGGAGGAAACAAGAUUGAAGUACUCUAGUCUAUAAACAUUGGCGUGUAUAGUUAAUGUUCUAGAUUCUUCUUCAGGAGGGGGCGUAAAGGACAAAAAGCGGGUUUCGUCUUCAUCACUGUUCGUCGCACCCGGAUCUUGAUUUCUUAUCACCACAGCUUUAAUCAAAUGUAUAACAAACUGGGUUCAUUCUG